CCUCUGUCCUCUGCAUGAUUGGAUGCGUUAAUUCAUUGAUAGCUGUUGUUUCUGAGUAGAGUUUUAGUCUCCUUUUCCAUUUUGAGAUCAUCAUCACCACUAAAAACAACUCUUUAUUCUCCAUCCAGUGGUGACUGAGAACAUGGAGAAAGCAAACAGCACAUCACUAGUGAGAACAAAAUCUGAUCAGUUAGUAGAAUCAAUGGUGGCGGCGAUGAAGUCGCCGCCGUCGAGCGACCACUCUGCCAACGGGGUGGCGGAAGGGGGUGGCACCCUGUCGAGGAAGUCGAGUCGGCGGCUGACCGGCGCGUCACCGGGACGCGGCGGCGGAGGGAAGAACACUCACAUAAGAAAGUCUAGAAGUGCUCAAAUAAGCCAAAUGAAGUUGGAUUUUGAUGAUUUGAGCAGUGGCGCAGCGCUUAGCAGAGCCUCAAGUGCAAGCUUGGGACUCUCUUUCUCCUUCACUGGCUUCACCAUGCCUCCUGAAGAAAUCGCUGACUCCAAACCCUUCAGCGACGAUGAUAUUCCUGAAGAUAUCGAAGCUGGACCUAGGACAAAGUUUCAAACGGAACCUACUUUACCCAUAUUUCUCAAGUUCACGGAUGUGUGCUACAAGAUAGUGAUCAAAGGCAUGACAACAACUGAGGAGAAGGAUAUCUUGAAUGGGAUAACUGGUUCUGUAAAUCCAGGAGAAGUUUUGGCAUUGAUGGGUCCCUCAGGAAGUGGAAAAACAACUCUUUUAAACCUUCUUGGAGGCAGGUUAUGCCAUCCUAUAAGUGGUGGAUCUAUCACUUACAAUGAUCAACCAUAAUCUAAGUUCCUUAAGAGCAGGAUAGGAUUUGUGACACAAGACGAUGUUCUGUUUCCUCACUUAACUGUGAAAGAGACUUUGACAUACGCAGCCAGGCUAAGGCUUCCAAAGACAUACACAAAGGAGCAAAAGGAAAAACGAGCUUUGGAUGUAAUCUAUGAGCUUGGCUUGGAGAGGUGCCAAGACACUAUGAUUGGAGGUUCCUUUGUGCGUGGAGUUUCUGGUGGUGAGAGGAAGAGGGUUUGUAUUGGAAAUGAGAUCAUAAUCAACCCUUCUCUUCUUUUUCUUGAUGAACCAACAUCUGGUUUGGAUUCCACAACAGCCUUGAGGAUCGUUCAGAUGCUACAAGACAUAGCAGAGGCUGGUAAAACAGUGGUGACAACAAUCCACCAGCCAUCUAGCAGACUAUUUCACAAAUUUGACAAGUUGAUCCUUCUGGGAAAAGGGAGCUUGCUUUACUUUGGAAAAGCAUCAGAAGCAAUGACUUACUUCCAGUCUAUAGGAUGUUCACCACUUAUUUCCAUGAACCCAGCAGAGUUUUUGCUAGACCUUGCCAAUGGAAACAUAAAUGAUGUCUCCCUACCCUCAGAGUUGGAAGAUAGAGUGCACAUGGAAAAUGCAGAAGCAGAAACACCAAAUGGGAAACCAUCACCAGCAGUUGUACACGAGUAUCUGGUGGAGGCAUAUGAAACUCGAGUGGCAGAAGCAGAAAAGAAAAGACUAAUGGUUCCUAUACCUCUUGAUGAAGCAGUGAAGUCUAAAGUCUGUUCUCAUAAGAGACAAUGGGGAGCAAGUUGGGAUGAGCAAUAUUCCAUAUUAUUUUGGAGAGGAAUCAAAGAACGUAGACAUGACUAUUUUAGCUGGUUAAGAAUCACUCAAGUUUUAUCUACUGCUGUCAUCUUAGGAUUGCUCUGGUGGCAAUCAGAUACUAAAAACCCAAAAGAUCUGCAAGAUCAGGCAGGAUUGCUAUUCUUCAUUGCUGUUUUCUGGGGAUUUUUUCCUGUUUUCACUGCAAUAUUCACAUUUCCUCAAGAAAGAGCCAUGCUUAGUAAGGAGAGAGCAGCAGAUAUGUACAGACUAAGUGCAUACUUUCUGGCAAGAACCACCAGUGACCUUCCACUUGACCUCAUUUUACCAGUGCUUUUCCUACUUGUUGUUUAUUUCAUGGCCGGUCUCAGACUCAGUGUUGCACCAUUUUUCCUCACAAUUCUCACUGUCUUCCUCUGCAUAGUGGCUGCUCAGGGACUUGGACUUGCUAUUGGAGCCACAUUAAUGGACUUGAAAAGAGCAACAACUUUAGCUUCAGUCACUGUGAUGACCUUCAUGCUGGCUGGAGGAUUUUUUGUGCAGAGAGUACCCAUAUUUUUUUCAUGGAUUCGGUACAUGUCUUUCAACUACCACACCUACAAACUUCUGCUGAAGGUGCAAUAUGAACACAUUUCACCAAUCAUAAAUGGUAUCAGAAUUGAUAGUGGUGCAACAGAGGUAGCUGCUCUAAUAGCCAUGGUUUUUGGCUACCGUUUCUUGGCAUAUCUUUCUCUAAGGAGAAUGAAACUUCAAUCUGGAGCUUAACUUAAACUUCACUCUUAGCUGAAUGAAUGAAGAAGACUCACACACCAAAUGGUGCACCUAGGUAGCUAGAGCUUCUGGCUUUUUUGAUUUAGUCUUGUGAAUAUUGUAUUUCACUUAGCAUUAGCAUGGUGAAACACAUCAAUAGUGCAAGCAAUAACAUGUUAUGAUCAUAGGCGCAGCUUUAUCUGGAGAAUUCAGAUACUUGUUUUGGAGAGAUUCUUAACUCUGCAACAAUGUUUAAUUGACUGAAGUUUAUCCA